AUGUCUGUUGAAGCUGAUGCACAUAUCGAUCAGGGACAUGAACCUGUGCAAGAUGAGGGUUUGGAAAACCAUGUGGAAGAGGCGGACCCACCGUUAUAUCCUAAUUGUAAAACACACACAAAGUUAUCCAUCACUGUUGAAUUGUAUAGGCACAAGACAGUAAAUGGUUUAUCUAGGAAAUCUUUUGACGAACUUCUCAAGACAAUCGGUUCCUUGUUGCCGCCAGAUCAUUGUCUUCCUUGCUCAACAUAUGAAGUGAAAAAGCUCCUGAAAUCUUAUCAAUUGACUUACCAGAAAAUACAUGCUUGUAUUAAUGAUUGUUGUUUGUUUAGAAAAGAUUUGAAAGAUGCAGACGAGUGUCCUAAAUGUCAUUAUUCUAGGUGGAAGGCAGACACAUCUAACAUGGACGAUGCUGAAAUGAUAGACAAGCCGCAAAAGAAGAUACCGGUGAAGGUGCUUAGGUACUUCCCCAUUGUGCCGAGAUUGAGAAGAUUGUUUCAAUCAGCAGCACUGGCUGAGCAGUUGAUAUGGCACGCGACGAACAAGAGUAAGGAUGGGAAGAUGCGUCAUCCAACAGAUUCUUUGGCUUGGAAGCACAUAGACACAAAGUAUCCCGAGUUUGCUUCAGAUCCCCGUAAUUUGCGUCUUGGGCUUGCUGCUGAUGGAUUUAAUCCAUUUGGUGAUCUUUCCGCAGCCCACAGUUGUUGGCCAGUGAUGCUCGUGGUUUAUAAUUUCCCCCUCAGUUGUCCCUUGAUUGAUGAUCUUUUUGAGUUGUGGGAGAAAGGGGUGCAGGUAUAUGAUUCGUUUACUAAAACAGAUUUUAACUUGAAGGCGUUAUUAAUGUGGACAAUAAACGAUUUCCCUGCAUAUGGUAAUUUAUCUGGAUGUACGUAUAAAGGGAAGGCAUCAUGUCCUCUUUGCGGUGAAAAUACACUUUCAAACUGGUUGGCAUUUAGUCGUAAAACUGUCUACUUGAAUCAUAGGAGAUUUCUUCGUCAUAAUCAUCCUCUUCGGCAGAAAAAAGACUGGUUUAAUGGAGAGAUUGAGAGGAAGGAAAAGCCACCUGUUAUGUCUGGUGCUGCGACACUUGAAUGUCAGAAUAGUAUUACAAAUGAUUUUGGGAAAGAGGAGAAGAACGAGGAGGAGAUAAGGAAAAAGAAAGAGCAAAAGAAGAAGAAUAAGGGCAAGAGUAGUGCGGCAGCAAGUGCAAAUGUGGGUAAUUCUAAAUGUGGGAAGCGGAAAAGGGAUGCUGUUGCUGAUGCGGCUAUUUCUGGUGCAAAUGAUGAUGAAACUGAACUUCGGGUGUUUAACAAACGGUCAAUAUUCUUCGACUUGCCUUACUGGAAGGAUUUAUUACUACGGCACAAUAUUGAUGUUAUGCAUACAGAAAAAAAUGUUUGCGAAAGUAUUAUUGGUACCAUAUUGAAUAUAAAGUCCAAAACAAAAGACGGUCUAAAGUCCCGCAAUGAUCUGAAGAGUAUGGGAAUAAGACCAGAAUUACAUCCAGUAGAGAUAAAUGGAAAAACGAUCCUUCCACCAGCACCAUACUGUUUAAAUGACAAGGAAAAGGCUAUAUUGUAUAAUAGGAUGAGAAAUUUAAAGGUUCCAUAUGGUUUUAGUUCUGAUCGUAGAAAGCAUUUCUCAAAAGAUGGUUGCUUAGGUGUUCUUAAGGCUUAUGAUUACCAUGUUCUUAUGCAACAAAUAUUACCCGUUGCUUUGCAAGGACUUUUACCUGUAGGGCCAAGGGAGGCAAUUUUCAGGUUAUGUUCUUAUUUUCACGAAAUAUGCCAAAGGGCAGUUGAUCUCCAUAGAUUAAUAGAACUUGAAGUAGAAGUUUCUGAGACUUUGUGUAUGUUUGAGAGGUACUUCCCUCCGUCACUUUUUGAUGUCAUGAUGCACUUGACAAUUCACCUAGAUCGAGAAGUGCGAUUAUGUGGACCUGUACAAUAUCGUUGGAUGUAUCCAUUUGAAAGGUAUAUGAAGACAUUCAAAGAAUAUGUAAAGAAUUAUGCACAACCUGAAGCUUGUAUAGCCGAGUGUUAUCUUGGAAUGGAGUGUGUUAGGUAUUUUGAUAUUCGUAAGGCCCAAGCAGCUGAAACAGGAGUAGAGCAAAGGCGUAACAAAAACACUCAAAAUGGUUCCACACCGGCAGCACGUCCUCUUUCUAAAGGUGUCCAAGUGUGUAUGGAUAGUGAGAAGUUAACGAUAGCUCACAGAUAUGUUCUUUUUAACACACCCGAAAUUGACCCAUAUAUGAUAAUGCAUAUGGACGAGUUAAAAUCUCCUGCUGGGAGGGCAAUUACUAGUGAAGACCAACUCAAUUCCAUAAAGUCUGACACAUUUGCAGAUUGGUUUCAACAAAAGGUUAAGAUGCAAAUUGAACAAGGCAUGCCAAUAUCACAGACGGUAGAAUGGUUGUCAUAUGGGCCGUUGGAAAACUUCAUAUCAUAUAAAGGCUUGCUUAUCAAUAAUACUAGGUUUAUUACGAAGGAUGUUAAGAGAGUCACACAAAACAGUGGAGUUUCAAUUGAAUCAACAACCUUAGUUGCAGGAUUGUCAGAAACUAGUGGGUUCUACGGUGUUUUAGAAGAAAUUCUAUUGUUGGACUACAAUCAUAUGUUUCAAAUUCCAAUAUUCAAAUGUGAUUGGGCUCACACCAAUUUUGGUGUGAAGGUAGAAGAUGGCUUUACAUUAGUCAAUUUAAAGCAGCAUAAGAACCAAUACUGUAACGAUCCAUUCAUUUUAGCAAAGCAAGCACGACAAUUUUUCUAUUCUCGAGAGUCAAAUACAUCUAACUGGUAUGUGAUGGUGAAACCACCGCCCAGGGGUUUCCAUGAAUUAGAGGAAUACAAUGAAAAGCAUGACACAAAUUUCUAA